UGUACCGGCUCCUCCCCUUCAGUCUUGCACAGGUGUACCGGCUCCUCCCCUUCAGUCUGGCACAGGUGUACCGUCUCCUCCCCUUCAGUCUUGCACAGGUGUAGCGGCUCCUCCCCUUUAGUCUGGCACAGGUGUACCGGCUCCUCCCCUUCAGUCUGGCACAGGUGUACCGGCUCCUCCCCUCCAGUCUUGCACAGGUGUACCGGCUCCUCCCCUUCAGUCUUGCACAGGUGUAGCGGCUCCUCCCCUCCAGUCCGACACAGGUGUACCGGUUCCUCCCCUCCAGUCUGGCACAGGUGUGCCGGCUCCUCCCCUCCAGUCUGGCACAGGUGUGUCAGCUCCUCCCCUCCAGUCUGGCACAGGUGUGUUGGCUCCUCGCCCUCAGUCUUCCUCUGAUGUCACUGCACGCUGGGAGCUUCUCACAAUAUAGAGCUCCGCCUCCUUUCGUGGCUGGAGGACAUCCAGCAUCAUCUAGCUCUUUCUUCCCCAGCCUGACCGUCUCUAGCCCCACCCCUUUAAUUCAUUGGUUUUCAGUUCUCUCAUUCAUGGAGGCUCAG